AAAUUGUCCUUUUACCUCAGUAUUUUCAGAGACUGUGUUUCCUCCUAGAAGACUCAGAAGUCACACACAUAGUCUCACCAAAAAGACUGUCUAAACAUUAGCUGAACAAGGACAACAAUAGACAUCCUGACUUGGAUGGCAAAGCUCACAAGGCCUCCACCGUAUGGCAAGAACUACAGGCAACUCAGGACUGCUGAGAGAGGGAGAGAGAGCCUUCCCGGGGAAGAACACACCGAUUGUCUAUCCAAAACCAAAUGGAAUCAGGUCAUCUAACCCUCACAACCACUCGGCUUUAUCUGCUCCUUUUACUGCAGAGAAGAUCGCAGUACAGCGUGCUUAAGGGACUUGCCCAGAGCCAUAACACCAAAAGCCAUUCAUAAAUCACACCAAGCCAGAAAGUAUCCGGUUACAGACAAAAUGACUAUUUCCACGCUGCUACUUUCUCCUAAUUGGCGUUUACUAACCUGCCUCUCAAGAGUGCCUUCCCCACGGCUCCUUCACUCAAGUCUCCCUGCACCCGGACCCCCAGGUGCUCUGCCAAACUGUUUUGGACACCAUUGUACUAAGAGGGUGCUACUGUCUGACGGCUUCAGGAGAACAUUAUGUGUCCAGGCAACCUUGAAGGACCACACAGAAGGACUUUCUGAUAAAGAACAAAGAUUUGUGGAUAGACUUUAUACGGGUUUAGUGCAAGGACAGAGAGCGUGCCUAGCGGAGGCCAUAACUCUCGUGGAAUCAACUCACACCAGGAAGAGGGAGCUGGCUCAGGUGCUUUUGCAGAGAGUCUUAGCCCACCAGCGGGAGCAGGAGCUGCGGAACCAAGGGAAGCCCCUCACGUUUCGAGUAGGACUGUCCGGGCCCCCUGGUGCAGGAAAAUCAACAUUCAUAGAAUGUUUUGGGAAAAUGCUGACUGAGCAAGGGCACAGGUUAUCUGUGCUAGCUGUGGAUCCAUCUUCUUGCACCAGUGGUGGGUCCCUCUUAGGUGAUAAAACCCGGAUGAUUGAGCUGUCAAGAGAUAUGAAUGCCUACAUCAGGCCCUCUCCUACCAGUGGGACUCUAGGAGGAGUGACAAGGACCACAAAUGAAGCCAUUGUGUUGUGUGAAGGAGGGGGCUAUGACAUCAUUCUUAUUGAAACUGUCGGUGUAGGGCAGUCGGAGUUUGCUGUGGCUGACAUGGUCGAUAUGUUUGUUUUAUUGCUGCCGCCAGCAGGAGGGGAUGAACUGCAGGGCAUCAAGAGGGGCAUCAUUGAAAUGGCAGAUUUGGUUGUUAUAACUAAAUCUGAUGGAGACUUGGUUGUGCCAGCCCGCAGGAUCCAAGCAGAGUACGUGAGCGCACUCAAGUUGCUCCGUAGGCGCUCGGAAGUCUGGAGGCCAAAGGUGAUUCGAAUUUCUGCCAGAAGUGGAGAGGGCAUCACUGAGAUGUGGGACACAAUGAGAGAGUUUCAGCACCAAAUGCUGGCCAGUGGGGAGCUGACUGCCAAGAGACAGACACAGCACAAAGUCUGGAUGUGGAAUCUCAUUCAGGAAAACGUCUUAGAACACUUCAAGACCCAUCCCAGCAUCCGAGAACAGAUUCCCCUGAUGGAGAGAGAGGUCCUCACUGGAGCCCUCUCCCCAGGACGAGCAGCAGACUUAUUAUUAAAAGCUUUUAAAAGCAGACACUAAUAAAUUUAUCCUGUGCAAUCAC